UUUCAUUUUGCAAUGUCGCUCUGAAAAGUUGAAGAAAUUUGCCUUCAGCCGUUUUAUCUGGUGAAAGAAAUAGAUAAUAGCUACAUCCAGUGUGUCAAGUUCAUCAAAACCUGUAAUGAUGGCAGAUCAUCAAGAACCUUGCACUGCAUCAGAAGAAUAUUAUUGCAUGAAUGGGGGGGAAUGCUUUAAAAUACCUUCUAUGUCCACACCCAACUGUGUAUGCAAUAACAACUAUGUAGGCAGCAGGUGUGAGCAUUUCCUACUGGAGAGCGCAGCAGACAACAGCCAUCAAACAGGCAUGAUCGUUGCUAUAGCCAUUCUCGUCCUGCUCAUCCUGCUAUUACUGAUUGUGAUCAUCUACCACAUGUGCAAACUGAAAAGGAAAAAUUCAAGAAGUUCAAGGACCCUACCAUGAUGCCAGCACUAAGGACCAUGACUGAUCUAAUUGAAAGUUAUAAAUUAAUUUCUAAGUUUACACAUGUAAAUAGUUAUUUUACAAUAAUUUUUGAAAGACAAAUAUUUAAUAUAUUCUUACUGUAAGUCUUCAGACUAUAUUCCAGACAAUUAAAUGUUAUAGUAAUCAAAUACAUUUCAAAUAGUUAUUUUGUCAGUUUAAACUUACUGGUAAUAUAAAACUUUAAGGAAAAUGUCUUACUAAUACCACAUAUAAUC